GAUGCUCAUUGGCUUUAGCUGCCAGCCCGACUACAAAAUUCUGAGUUCGGAACACGUAGAGUAAAAGCGCACGGAGAUGAAAAGCGAAUCUGCUUGACUUAACAACUUGAAAUAUUUUCAUAUUUUUUUUUUGUUUGUUUUGUGACUGUUAGCAUUGCAGCGUGGAACUGGCAUUUUUUUUUCUCAUUUAUUUCUUUCCCUGAGACACUGACUCGAAGCCGCAUCGCACGGGUACACGCAGACGGAGGGAACCGGUGGGGCCAGCGCUUAAAAGCCGAAACACAACAGAAUCGCUUUGUUUAUUCUAUUAGUGCUUCAUUGUAUAGUAGACCUGCUCUCCUUUUUGUUGGUGGUGGUGGUUAGUUGGCUGUAUUGCUUUAUUCGUUGACACAAUUGUUUACCCGUUCCCCCUCCCCCCAUCCCCCUUUCCCUCCUAACAUUGACGAACACAAUGGACGCAUCGGCACAGUCAGCCGGGCAGCAUGCGAGCUCGCUCAACCACAACGGCUACGCGGUGGAGCGGAACCGGCAAAAGAACGCCGGACGUCUUCUCUGCCGCAGCAACGAACUCCUUCACACACGUCGCGCCUUUGUGGUGUGGGUCGCCGCCACACGUGCGCGCAAGUUACAAGGCCACAUGAAUCGUUGCGCUAUAUUGAUGAAACACGGCACGUUGCGACAGGACUACAGCCGCUUCUUCCUACGCUGGCUCGCUUAUACCCAAGCUCGCACGUCGAGCAGCUACCGCGGCGCCAUUCAAAUAGGCAAGGACGUGCCGCUGCGCUCCAAGGCGGACUUCUUGGCCUUGGCGCGCCGCUACUUUACGAAGUGGCGCACCCACCUGCGCCAAACGAAGCAGCGCACAACCGCCAACGUAGACCUACUGAUCGCGCUGAACCGAGAACGGCUGCGCACUCGUACGCUGCUGCGGUGGUGGAAGCUCUCUCACACGAACACUGCUAAGCGGCACAGCCUUGAAGUUCACGAACACGAAGACACCAUUCGCAGACUGCAGGAGGAAUCUCAAAAGGUUGUUCAGGAAGCGGCGGCGCUGCGUGAUCAGCUGGCGGAGGCACUGCAGGUGCAGGCUCGCUUGCAGGGCGAAUUGGAUGCCCGGCAAGGCGAGUUUGACGGGUCACGGCAGCGACAGCAGGCCGAACUUGACGAGCUGCGAGAGUCGAUGCGCGCGGCGAUUGAGAAGAUGAAGGGCAGCAGCGACCCCAACGUGCAAUUGCUGCGUCAGUGGGGCACCGCGUCUCCCACGCGGAAGAGCGACCCGUUGACGAACGGCGUCGACGGGAGUGCCGCCCCGGACGUGCCCCCGCCUCCCUCGUUGGAGUCCACCGUCGCCGGCUUCUCGGUGAACGGUGCACCGCACUCAAAAGAAACGCAGCUGGCGCUCGCACGCAGCAUCGAGGGCGCCACGGCGGCCCUCGCAGAACUGGCUGACUCAUCUGCUGCUCCGACGUCUAUGGUGGCCGCCAUUGCGGCAGUUCGCCGGCGCCUGGAGGUGAACGCGGAGGAUUUCGCGCGUGUGAAGGAGCAGCGGGAUGACCUGGUCGCCGCGGCCAAGGCAACUCGCCUUGUCUUUGCCUCCACGUUGCCGUCGCUCGAUGCCACCGGCAACUCCCUCGCAGACUCCGACCUGGAUGUGUCGCGAGACGCGUCUUUCAGCCCGUCAAGGCUCGCUGACAACGAUCUCAGCAGCGUGUCCGCAACACGCUCCUCGCAUCGCGCAGACCGCAGCAACAGCCCACGGUCCGGCGCGGCAGCUGCGAUCAUUAGCAACUCGGUGCCUCCGGUGCGCCUGCCCAGCGUCACCUCCACCCCCUCGCCGAGUGCGCCGAGCUCUCCGCGUGAGAUGACGCGGUCGGAGUGUCUGGACCUGCGUCGGCUGCUGCUGGAGGAUGCAAAAAACAUCGCGGCUACGGUGGAGACGCUCGGCAGAAGUGAAAGCCAGGCAAAGAAUGAGGUGGCGGAGCUGCAGGACGCCGCCUUGCGCGCCAUCGACGCACUCGGCGGCACCGGCGUGAUGAACAGCAACUUCAUCGCGCCGCCGGAAGAGACAGUAGACGGGCGAGCGCAGCGCUCCAACGCGAUUGCGAUGACGCUGCGCAACCUCUGCGAGGAUAUGGUCGUCGUGCUCGUGCUGACGUCUCUCUGGUCCGGCCAGCAGGCGUCGGAGCGGGUUAGUGAGGCGCUGGAGCGGCUGUGGCACCGUAACCAAGACCUCGAGGACGCCUACGCCGGUGACCUGACGAAGCUGGAUGGUGUGAUGAAGGUGGUUCACGUGGCGGCGCGGUUGUUGCGGCAGCCCACACCAGCAUCUUCGACGGCAGCGCCACGCAACGCGACGCAUCGGCCAGCAUCACCGACCUCCGCACGGAAGCGGCGCACCGUUUCCUUUCCUCACGAAAAAGACGAUGAGGGCCCCCUGAAAGCCGACGAGCUCGAUGACGCGCGACGCUGCGCAGAGGAGCUCGCCGCGAAGGGAGACGGCAAACCGGCAGCGCUGCUGAAGUUGUGCGAGGACCUGCUGAACAAGAUGGCCACGCAGUCGACUCUGCUGACGAGUGAGCUGGAGGGCCUUCUGCGGAGCUCGCGUGACCUGCUCGCUGCCACCGUCGGCGUAGAGAAAGACGGGGCGGCGACCCCGCCGGGCGACCUCGCCGCGAAGGGUGAGGAGGCGCCGAACGGCUCCGUCGUACCUGCGGCGAGACCGCAUGUACCGGAGAUGGUAGCGGCCCUCCAAGACGCAGCUCAACGCGUAGCGCGUGUGCUCCACAACGUCGGCGACGGCGCGAGCAAGCCCCUCGUGCUGGCCACGCAAGAUCUACUGGAGCAGCUCGAGGAGGCCAAAACCGCGCAGGCAGCGAUAGCGGAGCAGCUACAGGCCGCGGUGGCACAGGUGUCGGCCACGGAGGACCAACGUAGUCAGGAGGCAGACAGACAUAACGACACCGAGCAGAACCUGCAGCAGCAACUCGAGGCGUUGAAGGAAGAGUUUCUCCACGCGCAGGAUGAAAAGAAGCAGCUGGAGGAUUCCCUUCAUGAAGAGAAGACAGCGCAUGAGGAAGUGCUGAAAGCUCUCGAGGAACAGCGUGAGACGGCGAAGGUGGCGCGGCAACUUCAUGACGAGGCGAUGGAGAAGACCAAAGAGGCCCAACAAGCGGCCGACGAGGAAAAACGAAAACUGAGCGCGAACGCCGAGGCACUCCAGAAAAACCUUCAGUCGGCAGCGGCACAGCAAGCUAGCAGCAAUGAGCGCCAACAAGAGCUCCAGAAACAACUCGAGGACUUGACGAAGCAGCUGGCCGAGAGCGGCGCCGCCAAGCAUGAGUUGGAGGACCAAUUAGCGGCUGCCAACGCAGCCAUCGAGGCGCACGCGGCGGUGCGGGCAGACUUGGAGCAGCAUCUACUUUUCAUGGACGGCGAGAACCGCGUGAAUAACGCCGUCGGCGUCUUCCUACGCGACGUCCUGCGCGACUGCCUUACUCGGCUGCACUUCCUCACCCGCAGCUUCAGCGAUGAAGAGCAGCUGUCACCGCGUGCUUCGCUGAAGCUGCAGCAAGCCAUUGACGCGCCGCCUCCACUGCUGACGCACGACAGCGACCCGUCGGAGUACGUGGAGUAUAUUUUGAGGCUGGACGGCAACGACCCGACCGGCAAGCGUCUGGUGCAGGAGCACCUGCGCGAGAACUGCGCCGUGCACGGCCUCCGAGAGCCGGUGGAGGCGGUGGCGGUCGUGAGGGAGACGGGGGCGGACGCCGCAGCCAGCAUGACGGCGGAGGCAGCACUCGCGGCGACAUCUCCGCCUGCCGGAACUGCCGCCGACCCCUCCACCUGGGAGGUGGUGGCGGAGCUGCACGACAGACUUGUGCUCCUGUAUGAGCGCAUGGCACACGUCGACCAGGUGGCCGCCACCCAGCUGGUGAUUAACGGCACGCUCCUACAGGAGAAGGAUCACUUUUGCGCCGACGCGUUGAUCGCGCUGAAGCGGCUGCAGUCGUGGUCACCGACGGCGGCCUCAGUAGCAGCAGCCGCAGCAGCCGCAGCGGCAACGCAUCCAACCGGAGGUCACUCUCGCUCCCCUUCCACCGUUUCCCCAAAGAACGCGGAGGAACAAAACACGCUGUCCGCCUCCACGAUUGAGCCGGCAGUUGCGGGCCCGGCUGUCCGCGCCUCGUCGUCGGAAGUCGCCCAGGCGCUCGAGGCGUUGCAGAAGGUGGCGGACUCGGUACGUCCACUGGUGCAACUGCGCUCCGCCACGUCUGUCGCGCGACAGACGAGUGCUUCCGCCGGGCCAAGCGACGCAGCGGUGGCGGCGGCGACUGCGCAAGUUCAGGCGUUGGUGGCGGAUGUGCAGGACAUGGCAAACUGUCUGCAGGAUUUGUCGGAGUCGGUGCAGCACGGCAUCCUUGCCCUUGAAGGGGUCGCGGUUGACGAUGGGGUGAAAGAAGGGGAUGGAUUACACGGAAAUAGGGCAGCGAGGGCCGCAUCAGGCGGUGAUGGCCCGCACCGAGUCGAUCACGCGCCGCUGCCGGCGGGUCAGAGCUCCGCCGGCGGCGACGGGGGCGAUGCCGGUGCACUUCCAGGACCGGGUGGCGUGAAGCUGGAUAGUCACAUGCUUGCCGCACGUUUAGAGACCGUGUGCAAAGACACCGGCACCUCCAUUCUCGAACUCAAACACCUUCUAUUCGGCGACGCCGACACGGAUGCCCCUGCGAAACCGCUCAAACUGGGCGACGCCAUUCCGCAAAUUCGCGCCAAAAUGGCCGAGUUGGCGGAGGUGAAGAAGGAGUCGGCGCGGCUCCUAAUUGGGUUGAACCGUGCCUUCGACGACGACGAGGAGUCCCUCUUCGCCGGUUCCGUGUCCUCGACGAUGUCUCGCACGUUAAAGCCGAAGAAAAAGCCGCUGCCCGCGUUCCAAGGCACCCCCGAGGCGGGCCUGCGCCUCCUGCAGCAGGAGAUUAAAGGAAAGAAGGGCCACCGCACCGUCGGGCCGUCGGAGCGUUCCAUGGGCUCGCAUAUUCGCGACCGCCUCGGUGACUUGCAGAACCUCCGUCUCGCGUGCCGCAGCACGCUGCAGGUGCUGGAGGGCCGUGCGGCGUCCGAGGAGGACGGGCAGUCGACCACGUACGGCGAGGCCCUCGUGACGCUGCUCACGACGCAGGUAGAGGACCUCAAGCAAGCACUGGUGGAGUCCGGUGAGGCGCUGAAGGGCUAUCGGAACGACCUGCGCAACGUGACGGUCGGCACGCGUCUUCGCCUCCUCGCUGACGUGGUAAACUCGCUGAAGCUGGAGCGGGACUCGCUGAAGGAAGAUAUUAACCGACGUGGCCGGCAAAGCAACAUGCUGCUGGAUGGUCUGAACAAGGAGGUGAAGACGCUGAAGGCUGAUCUAGCGUCGCACCGGGAGGCGAACUCGCAGUUGGCCGCGGUCAACGAUGGCAUAUCCGAGGAGCUGGACUCGCAGAAGCGCGAUGCAGCAGAGCUCGCCACCCAACUCGCGCAGCUGCAACAGGAGUCGAACGUCCUUUCUACCGCCCUCGCCCGAAGUCUGCAAGGGCUCCCCGCCACACCGUAUGGCGGGGAAGCACCCAGCGCUGUGGAGGAGAGUAUCCAGGCGGCCUUGAAAAGCGACCAGGGUGACGCGCUGACGAAGUCCGUCGAGGAAGCGCUGAGCGCGGCGGAGCAGAACCAGCAGCACCUCCGUGACACGUUCCACAGCAGCCUCGACAAGCUGCGGACGGACCUUGGGGAACUCCGUGCGUUCAUCUCGCAGAGUUGGGCUCUCUACGGGGCACCGAUGGCCGAGACCGCCGCGCAGCUUGUGACGGAGACGUCGGCGGUGCUCACGUUGGAGAAUGACAUGCUGCGGCCACGCGCCGUCGAGCGGGAAAAACUGAAGCGCGACGUGGCGAUGUUGGAAGCAGCUCUGGCGGAGUCGAAGGCGACCCGCGAUGCCGCCAUGGCGCAGGUGAGACAGUCUGACGAAGAGAACACGCAGUUGCGGCGUGCUCUGUGCGAUGCCGAGAUGGCGCAGGUGCUGAACAGUGCCAGCAACAUCAACGACGCGGCGCAGGCGUCCCGUGCGGUGGACCGUUGCACGGCGGAGUGGGAGCGUCGCAUGAUCGCGAGUGCGACCGACCUCGCGAUGGAUGCGAUUGACUCGAUGAGCGGGCAGUCCAUGUCCGCCGUCAUCGGUGCCGUAACAGAGGAGACGCUGCGCCUCUACAAAGGGGUGCGGGUGUGUCUGCGGGAGGUGGCUCUGGCGUGUGAGGCAGCCCGCGGGACGGACGGCCGCCGGCUGUGGGCAGAGAUGGAGGGGCGCCUGCAGGAUCUCGCUGCGCUCUCGGCCUCGGCGGACUACUUGUGGACGCGUCUGCCCGUGCUUUCCCUCGUUUCCUAUCAGUAG